GAAAAAACUACACAUGCGUUGCCAGAUUUCUGGAAGUCGGAUUUUCGCGACGUGAAAAAGCCCUAUUGCGAACACAAUAACAAGUUAGGCAAACGAAAAAAAUAAACACAAAUAAUUUGGCAGACGAAAAAUAAUUUUUGAAAAAAUAUUAAAACUUGGCAACGCCGUGGUGAGGUGCAAUAGAUUUUACCAUAACAGAUACACACUCGUUUGAAAAAAGAGUCGUCGUAGUUAUUUCACGGGUUUUUUAUGCCUCUUACAAUUCUGAAUUCAAGGCUUAAAAAUGUCGGACGUCUCGCACCAUAUCGCCUAUCUUUUAGAAAAGAUGGCUUCCUGCGAUAAGGAUUUCCGAUUCAUGGCAACCAAUGAUUUGAUGGGAGAGUUACAGAAAGAUUCCAUCAAGUUGGAUGAUGACUCUGAGCAAAAGGUUGUUAAGAUGCUUCUUCACUUGUUGGAAGACAAAAAUGGUGAAAUUCAGAACCUGGCUGUCAGAUGUCUCGGACCUUUAGUUUCCAAAGUGGAGGAUGUUCAAGUGGAAACGAUUGUUGAGCAUCUUUGCACAAAUAUGUCAUCAGACAAGGAACAAUUAAGAGAUAUCUCUUCAACUGGUUUAAAAACUGUUAUUAGUGAACUCCCUUUGACUGCAUCUGGAAUGGCAGCAUCUGUUUGUAAAAGAAUAACAGGGUGCUUGAACACAGCAAUUGCCAAGCAAGAAGAUGUGUCAGUACAACUAGAGGCCCUUGAUAUCUUGGCUGAUUUGCUUACCAGAUUUGGUAGUCUCCUGGUCUCCUUUCACGAAGCUAUCUGCGAAGCAUUAUUACCCCAGCUAGCUUCACCCCAUCUUGCAAUACGCAAACAUACAAUCCAGGCUUUAGGCCACUUGGUUAUGUCUUGCCAUCAUACCCUUUACGUGAAGAUUAUGGAACACCUUCUUGAUGGUCUGGCCAAGAACUCUACCACUUCAACAACCAGAACUUACAUUCAAGCAGUUGGUGCUCUAUGUCGACAAGCCGGUCAUCGCUUUGGUGAGAACGUGGAGAGAGUGGUGCCGUCUCUCAUUCAGUUCAUUAACGUAGAUGAUGAUGAACUCCGAGAGUUCUGUCUCCAGGCUUUUGAGGCACUCGUUCACAAAUGCUCCAAAGAGAUGACACCUCACAUUGGUACUCUCACUGGUGUCUGCCUGGAACUAUUAGCCUAUGAUCCAAACUACAAUUACGAAGAAGAAAACGGCAAAGAUGACGAAGGAGAUAUGGAAACUAAAGAAGAAGAGAAUGAGGAAGAAUAUUCGGAUGAUGACGACAUGUCUUGUAAAAUUCGACGAUGUGCUGCAAAAUGCUUAGAGGCGAUUAUCAGUACCCACCCAGAUUUGCUAAUAGAUUUUUACCGUACCAUUUCUCCUGUGUUGAUCGGUAGAUUCAAAGAGCGUGAAGAAAACGUAAAAGCUGAUAUCUUCCAUGCAUUCAUUGCUCUUUUGAAACAAACCAAGCCAUCUGGAUCUGUUCGCGACGAUGUUACUGGCUUCGGCGCUAAUCAAGAGAUUUACAGCGUGUUGAUGCAACAAGUCCCUCUCAUUAUUCAAGCCACCAGUAAACAAAUGAAGGACAAAAGCCUAAAAACUCGACAAGGUGUGCUUGCUCUUUUGACCGAGCUAGUUUUGGUUAUUCCUGGGUGCUUGAGCCCUCAUUUCAGUCAGUUGGUCCCAGGAAUCCUCUUCUGUCUCAAUGAAAGGAAUGCGAGCUCUCCGAUGAAAAUAGAUACUUUGCAAUUUGUACACACGGUACUAAUUCACCAUCCGCCCGAAGUGGCUCACGAGCAUAUUGCAGCAUUGUUGCCUUCUUUGUUGAGUGCUGUGUCCGAUCCGUUUUACAAGAUCACAUCCGAAGCUCUUUUGGUUCUCCAGCAAUUGGUGCGAGUGAUGCGUCCAUUGGAUUCAGCCACCACAUUUGACUUUACACCAUACACAGUCUCCAUUUAUGAUAGCGUACUAGUCCGGCUAAAAGCUGCUGAUUUGGACCAGGAAGUCAAAGAGUGCUCCAUUUCAUGCAUGGGUUUCAUAGUUUCUCAUCUGGGAGAUCACCUUGCUGAUAAACUAAUGGUAUGCCUCCCCAUCUUUUUGGAUCGUCUUCGAAACGAGAUUUCCCGGUUAACGACAGUCAAAGCUUUAACAAAAAUUGCUUCGUCUCCGUUACACAUCAAUAUAAGCCCAUUGUUGCCCGAAGCACUUCCAAUUCUUGCGGGAUUUUUGCGUAAGAACCAGCGGGCACUUAAACUAACUACCCUUGCUUUGCUCGAUCCUAUCGUCAACAGCUACAGUGCUGCGCUAACACCGGAACUACUGCAUGCGGUUUUGACCGAAAUACCGCCUCUGCUGUCGGAAUCUGAUUUGCACAUCGCGCAGCUAACCCUCAAUUUGCUCACUUCCGUUGCUCGGAAUCAGCGUUCGGCGUUUCAAACCGGUGGAGUUAAUGGAGGCAUUUUGUCCGAAGUCUUCAAUCUCUUGCGCUCACCUUUGCUUCAAGGUGUGGCUCUGGGAUCCCUUCUCGAUUUCCUACAGGCUUUGGUCGAAUUUAAUGCACCGGGAUCUGGUCUUGGCUACCGCGAUUUGUUGAUGUGUCUGAUGAAUUUGGCGUCAAAACCUGGUCUCCACAAGACUGCCCAUCAUUCUGUCGCCCAGGCUGUUGCAACACUGGUUGUGACGCAACCUGUUUCUGAAGCUUUUACUUUGGUACAGAAUUUUCUACAGGAAGCUCAGAGACCUCAUUCUGAUUGGCAACACAUCUUUGCCUUGCUCUGCAUGGGAGAAAUCGGCAAACGAAUGGAUCUUCACCAAGUCCCAGGGUUGGGACAAGCAAUCAUCGAUUCCUUCGGCCCACCAAAUGAAGAAGUAAAAUCUGCAGCUUCGCUCGCCCUCGGUUCAGUAGCAGUGGGAAAUCUUCCAGCUUUCUUGCCCUUCAUUCUUACUCAGAUUGAAACUCAAUCACGGAGUCAGUAUUUGUUGCUCAACUCGUUAAAGGAAGUGAUUACUUCGCUGUCACUUGGAACCGAGGCCAUUGCACAACUGCGCCCUUUCGUACCCCAAAUUUGGGAUAUUCUCUUCCGUCUCUGCGAGUGUAACGAAGAAGGAACACGCAAUGUUGUGGCGGAGUGCUUGGGAAAGCUACACUCUAGGAAAAUCACAGAUCCAGAGGGAUUUCUUCCACGACUUCCAGUAGCUCUGAGCAGCCCUAGUACGUUGAUGAGAACCACGAUCGUCACAGCAGCCAAAUUCACAAUUUCUGAUCAAGUCCAGUCCAUUGAUCCUCUGCAUCGUCUUCCAUCUCGUAGCUAUUGGGAUGAUGCAUUGAAAUUUCCCAGCCCAUUACUCCUAGGAAUAAAAGCAGCUGACAGCAUGAUGGAGCGACAGGAAACACUGGAAGAAAAUGUCAUGAAAGAAGAAAAGGAAGAGAGCAUGGGACAGAUGGAAGAGGAGAGAAGUCAACAGCAGUUGUUUUUGGAGAAGAAGAUGAGGGAGAGAAAACAAAAAAAGGCUGAAAAGAAGAAGAGGAAAAGGAUUGAGAAACGAGAGUUAAAGAGAAGGGAAAAAGAUGCCGAUAAUAGGAACGAUUUUGACGACGACCUGUAUGAUGACGAUGAGGAUGAUGAUUUUGACGAUUUGAUGACCAGAUGGCCAGGAUUUUAGAGGCAGCAAGUGUCGAAAUCAAGCCCCUUUGUGGCGCCCUCGAGAUUUUAAAAGUCUCCUUUCUUUUUUUUUCCUGGUUAGGAAAUAUAAAAAUUGAGUUAUCGUAUUGUCUUCUCUGUUUGUCAUCUCAUACUCUCACUGUUGCACCUCUUGUGUGGAAUAAAAUCUCCGUCUUUUGUUUUUCAAA